AUGUCGUCAAGACUGCAGUCCAUCCCUGUUCUGAAGGCAGGACUUACGGAGCGCGAGCUUCUGUCCGUUGUCGCAGCAUACAUGUCUCUCAGAGAGGGAGAAGGCGCGAUCGACUGGGAGAAAUUUAUCCAGCUGGCCGGAUAUUCGAGCGUCCAGUCGGCUCGCAUCUGCUUCCGCCCUGUGCAAAAGAAACUCAGGGCAUUUGCUGAGAGUGGAAGCGGCCUUGCAGGCCGUGCCGAUGAUCCUACUGACGGAGAUGACGGCGGCGGAGGCACUGCCUCGCCGUUUGGGACACCCAAAACACCGAAGAUGAACAAGACUCUGAAGACGCCCAAGAUGCCCGGCAGCAAGCCCAGGGGCCGACCCAAGAAGAGAAAGGCGGAGGACGAUGAAGUAGACCCUGCAGGUACCUUUGAUUUCGCUGGGACCAUGAUGGGGCGCCCGGUAGAUAUGCAAAACAGCGAGGUCAAAGUGGAAAUGGGAACGAAUGUGGCAGCCAAGAUGGAACCGUCAGCAUACAUUGAUGAGAAUCUCGGAGCUUCUGCUGGUGUUCAAGGCGACCAUCGCGCAGGCGACGAAAUAUAUUAUGGGCUCGAGACGGGCUUUGAGACGUGUUUGGGGCAGGAGGAUGUGGUGGCCUUCAGAACGGACCCUUAUGAGGAGCUAGACGUUGUGUCGUUGUUGGAUGGCAACUAA